CUUGAGCCACCGCGCCCGGCCUUUUAAUUUUUAAAAAGGUACCUGCGAGUUUUAAACAGCUACUCUGGGGCCAGCGUGCUUUUUGAGGCGUGCCGGUAAGGAUCGUUCUGUCCAUCUCCUGACAAGAAGUCAAAACCUCCGUCCUGGGGUUCGGUCAGUUAGUGGGUCAGAUAAUCAUCUCAGCUCAACCACUACUCCCAGCCAGCAGCGGCCACAUCCCCGCGUCGCCCUCGAAGACUACAAGUCCCAGCCUGCCGCGCUCUGGGCCGUGGAAGCCCCGCCUUUUCCGGCGGGCCCCGCCUUCUCGUUGCCCCGGCCGCGGGCGCGCGAUGGAUACCGGGUGCUGGUUGUUCGGCGGCGAGUUCGAGGACUCUGUGUUCGAGGAGAGGCCGAAGCGGCGGUCAGGACCGCCCGCGUCCUACUGCGCCAAGCUCUGCGAGCCGCAGAAAGCACUGCAGGAGUAUUCCAGUAUCUCUGAAAAAUUGUCACCAACCAAUUUUGCCAUGAAAAGGGAUGUCCAGGAAGGUCAGGCUCGGUGUCUGGCUCACCUGGGUAGGCAUAUGGAAGCGCUGGAGAUUGCUGCAAACUUGGAAAAUAAAGCAACCAACACAGACCAUUUAACCACGGUACUCUACCUCCAGCUUGCUAUUUUUUCAAGUCUGCAGAACUUGGAGAAAACAAUUUUCUGCCUGCAGAAACUGAUUUCUUUGCAUCCUUUUAAUCCUUGGAACUGGGGCAGAUUGGCCGAGGCUUACCUGAAUCUGGGGCCAGCUCUUUCAGCAGCACUUGCGUCAUCUCAGAAACAGCAGAGUUUCACCUCAAGUGACAAAACUAUCAAAUCCUCCUUUCCACACACAGGAAAAGACUGUCUUUUGAGUUUUCCUGAAACCUUGCCUGAGAGCUCUUUAUUUCCUGUGGAAGCCAAUAGCAGUAAUAGCCAGAAAAAUGAGAAAGCUAUUACAAAUAUCCAAAACUGUAUGGCAGAAAAGAGAGAAACAGUGUUGACAGAGACUCAGCUGAAAGCAUGUGCCUCUUUUAUACGAACCAGGCUUCUGCUUCAGUUUACCCAACCUCAGCAAACAUCGUUUGCUUUGGAGAGGAACUUAAGGACUCAGCAGGAAAUUGAAGAUAAAAUGAAAGGGUUCAGCUUCAAAGAAGACACUUUGCUGUUGAUAGCUGAGGUUAUGGGAGAAGAUAUCCCAGAAAAAAUAAAAGAUGAAGUUCACCCAGAGGUGAAGUGUGUUGGCUCCGUAGCCCUGACUGCCUUGGUGACUGCAUCCUCAGAAGAAUUUGAAGACAAGUGGUUCAGAAAGAUCAAAGACCAUUUCUGUCCAUUUGAAAAUCAGUUCCAUACAGAGAUACAAAUCUUAGCUUAGUGGGUUAUAAAAAACAAAACCACAAACAUCUUGUACUGUAUUAGUUGUCCUUGUUUACUUCAGACAGGAUCCAUUGCUAAUCAUGGAGUAUAAAUGAUUAUUUAUGUUUUAUAAAACUGGCUUCUGUCUCAAAU